AUGCCACAAGAUUUCGCGCCUCUCAAGAACGACUUGUUGCUUCGCGCAGCAUGGGGUCAGACCAUUGAACGUCCUCCUAUGUGGGUGAUGCGACAAGCCGGCCGCUACCUACCGGAGUAUCACGAAGCCAAGGGUAACCGAGACUUCUUCGAAUGCUGCCGUGACCCUGAAGUCGCAACCGAAAUCACCCUCCAGCCCGUCCGCCGAUUCGCAGGUCUCAUCGAUGCUGCCAUUAUCUUCUCCGACAUUCUUGUCAUCCCCCAGGCGAUGGGUAUGACUGUUGAGAUGGUUGAGAAGAAGGGCCCUCAUUUCCCGAACCCGCUCCAGAACCCCGACGACGGACAGUACGGCCAGGUGCUCGCUAAGAACGUCGAUGUUGCUGCUGAGCUCGGCUACGUGUACGACGCUAUCACACUGACACGCCAGAAGCUUGAGGGACAGGUGCCCUUGAUUGGCUUCUGCGGCGCUCCCUGGACGCUGUUCUGCUACAUGGUCGAGGGUGGUGGCACCAAGCUGUUUGCGCGGGUCAAGACAUGGAUCUACAAGUAUCCUGAGGAGUCGAAGAAGCUUCUGGCCAAGAUCGCCGAUAUCUGCGUGGAUCAUCUGGCACUUCAAGUCAAGGCUGGUGCUCAGCUGGUGAUGGUCUUUGACUCCUGGGCAGGAGAGCUCGGCCCUUCUUCUUACCGUCAAUUCUCUGAGCCCUACUUGAAGCAAAUCGCCGAGAAGCUUCCCGCCAAGCUCCAGAGCCUCGGCUUGGAGAAGGUUCCCAUGACCGUGUUCCCCAAGGGUGCUUGGUACGCACUUGACUCUGCCUGCGAUCUGGGUUAUAAUGUAGUUGGCAUGGACUGGUUGCAUGAUCCCAAGGAGGCCGUCAAGAUCCGAGGCGACCGCAAUAUUGUGUUCCAGGGCAAUGCUGAUCCAGGGGUACUGUAUGGCACCAAGGAGGCUAUCACCAAGGCCGUGGAGGAGAUGGUCGAGGGCUUCUGGGUCGGAAACAAGGGCUGGAUCGCCAAUCUUGGCCACGGAAUUACGCCUGGCGUAAACCCUGAUCAUCUCAAGCACUACUUCGAGGAGAUUCACCGUUUGACCAAAAAGAACUAG